ACCGCUCAAUCAUUUUCUUUCUUCUGUAGAUUAUUGCAAAAACCGAACGCACCGAAAAAUCCAAAGUAGAUUAGAAGACCUUCAGCAACGUAGUAUAUGAGGAGUCUUCUUCAUUGGCAAAGGACUGACUAUAGUGAUUUGAUAGAUCUGCAAAACGAGAAUGAUGUACGAGGAAGAUCGUAUUGGGAUACGGUGCUGGGGGAAAAUGGAAUGGUGAGGGCCAGAAUCGAGGCUUUGAGGAGAUCGCUGGGGAAGAAUUGCGAUUGUCCUGCCAUUGUGCUAUCUAAGUUUCAUAUGUCAAAAAAUUGAAUAUACCAAGUGGCGUGGUGGGUGCCUGCCGUCUUGAUUUAGCAUAUGAACAUUUCAAGGAAAAGCCUCAUUUUUCCAAACGAGAAACAGGUCAAGGCAGCUAAUAAACUUCUGAAGACAAUCCCUCACAAUGGUGUUGGGAAAAAGGUCGAUGGAUAUAGCAAUAGCAACUACAAAUGGAAUUAAACGGUAUACUCCCUACUUCUUUGAUAAAAAUAUGCUUGAUAACAUUCUUGAAGAAGCUGUUGAUCAACAAUUCCAUACAUUAAUCCAACCUCGGCAAAUUCUGCUGCGGCGAGAUGUGGUUGAUGACAACUUGGCGGCAGAAGUGGUUGAGGAAAUUGCAGAUAGUUUAUGGGAGCCUCCAGAGGUUCAAGAAGUGCUCGAUGAAAUGGGCCAUCCUAGUAUACCAUUUAGUUAUUUCGAAAGCUGCGGAACUCGAGUUCCAUUAUAAUGUUGACAAAGCACUCUUGGGUAAUAGGUGGUUGCGGAAAGCGACAAGCAUACAACCGAAGUUUCCAUAUAUGGUUGACUCCUUUGAAAGAAGGAGUUCCUAUAUUUAGGACGGAGGGAGUAAUAGACAACAUUGUGAGUUUGCACUAAUCCUCUAUCUCUUAUAUAUAAAUACAUGGAGAUAUCAUAUUAAACCCGUGUAACAUUUAAGUCUUGUUGUCGCAUCAAUUUUACUUUUUAUGUUUAUUUGAUUAUUAAUGUAUUUAAUUCAUAUUAUGGAUAGAUUCAUUAAUAAAUUCGUUGCGCUCCACCAUUAAAUAGCUUGCUUUGGUCGCUCCUUGUUGUCUAUCUAUUCUUUUCUCUCUUUCGUUCCAUCUAUCUGUCUCUCUAUAUCAACUAAAUUUUUUUGUUUUACUCGAAAAGUUAGGUGUUUUGUUCCUUUAAUUUGGUUUUGUUUCUCGAGUACCCAUUCAAUUUAAUUAGGUAAAAACAAAAUCACUAAACACAUUUUUCUUCAGUUGAAAAAAUACACACACAGUGUGAUUGUGAUUCUGCUUAGAUUUCAGUUCUCGUCACCCCAAAAAAUUAAUGUUUUUUGUUUCUCCCAUGGAUAAUAAUGAUUGGGAUCUAUUUGCCAUUGUGCGUAGCUGCAAAGCAAGCACCUCUACUCCUCAUGACACCAUUUCUGAAAAUCCAUCUCCACCUCCAACCCCAACCACUACCAACACCAACACCACCACAAAUAACACGACAUCCCAUCAAAGGGCCACACCAUCUUAUUUUGAUAAUCGUACUUCUGCCCAUCGAAAUAGCUCGAUCUCUUUUGCCUCCCCCACCAUCCCGAUCCCUACCUCCACUAUCCCAACAAUUAUUACCAAUACCACAACUUCCCCCACCACAACUAUCCCCAACCUCAACACCACCAUCAUCCCAACAACAAUCACCACCACCACCCCCACAACUUUCACUACCACCGCCCUCACUUCCACUAUUUGUACCCUGACAAACACCAUUGCUACCCCUGCUACAACCACUAUUCCAACAAUAAUUACCAAUACCAAUCCCGACACCUUUAUUCCAAUCCUAACAACCAGUAUCAACACCUUCAACAUCACAUCUCCAACCAACAAUAGCACCGCAAUUACCCCCUUCUACACUACCACAACCUUCACUACCUCUAACCUCACAACCACCCCUGCUACAACCAUUAUCCCAACAAUCAUUACAAAUGCUACAUCUUCCCCCACUGCAAUUAUCCCCGCAUUCUCCACCGCCACCAUCCCCAAAAAAAUUACCUCCACCACCAAUACCAUCACUAACACUAAUACUAGCUUUCAUAACUUGAAUCGAAGUUCUACCUUUUUCAAUAUCCCAACAUUCAUCGAACAACAACUGAUGCAACCAAAUGAGUUGACUGAGCUCGAAAAAUUGACAACCACCAGAUCUAUCCCCACUACCACCAUUAUCCCAACAAUUUUUAACAACACAACAUCUUCCCCAACCACUAUUGUCUCCACCCUUUCCAUGACCUCAAUCCCAACGUACAUCACUACCAUCGGUAACACUAAUAAUAGUGUUCAUAACUCGAAAGAAAGUUCUACUUUUUCUUAUUUCCCUACACUCAUCAAGCAACAAAAUGAGUUGACUGAGCUAGAAAAGUUGAAACACAACUUCAAUCCCAACACCACUAUUUCAAUCCCCACAAACACUUUCAGCACCUUCAACAUCACUAAUCCAAAUACCACAAACACCAUGAUUGCCCCCAUCUACACUACAAAUACCUUCACUACCCCCACCCUCACAUCAACUAUUUGCACCCAUACAACCAAAACUACUCACCCCACUAUGAAUAACACUAAUAUUAGUGUUCAAGGAACCAACCAAUAUCCUACCAUUUCUAAUUUUACAAUACCCAUUAAACAACAAAUUCAACCAAACAACAACAAUCAAGUGUUUUUUCCCAAACAUCUUACCCACAUUGAAAUGACAAAUCUUCAUUUUGAUCGUACAUACAAUCAGCCAUCAGUUCCACAACAACUCCCAAGAGAGAGCAAUCAACUACCUCUAGUACCCCAAAUUAAUUCUCAGGUUUUAUCAAGUACACAUCCACAAGAACCACAACACAACUCAAGAAAAAGAAAAAAUAAUAAUCAAAUGGGGUUGGAGGGCCAUGUGAUUGAAGAGAAGGUCAAAGAAGAUUCAUGGACAUGGAUAAAAUACGGACAAAAACCCAUUAACGGGUCUCCACAUCCAAGGAGCUACUACAAAUGUAAUAGUUUCAGCGAUUGUCCGGCAAGAAAAAUGGUACAAAAAAGCAAAACCAAAAACAACACUUAUGUUGUGACGUAUAAGAGUGAUCACGACCAUAUAAAACCAGCAGGUAAUCUAAACUCGAUGAUUGGGACCUCCCUGAACAAGUCAUCAGAGACUAGAUUACCCGCUACAAGAGAACCUGGAUCAUCUUCAAAUGUUGGAAACUUCCAUUUGCCUAACGUGGCGGUGCUGCAGUUUGAUCAACCAGAGAGCAGCAAUGUUAGCAACUUCAGAUCACCUAAUGUGAUGAUGUUGCAGUUUGAUCAGUUGGAGAGCAAUAAUGGUCAAAUUUUUGCAGAUGAAUCAGAUAAAAAAAUGACUGGAAGCUUAGAUGAUGAUGAUGAUGAUGAUGAUGAUGAUGAUGAUGAUGAUGCCAUUUUGCUAGAAAAAAUGAAAACUAUAUUGGAGAAUUUCUUAGUAGAUUUCAAGCACAUUAUGGCGCUUAUUCCCUUAGAUUGAUAUAAACCAAAGAUCUUUCUCAAUUUGAGCCGAUUAAGUUUUGAAUCGCCCUCCAAAUAAUAUAUGAUUCAAUGGUUUUUUCAAUCGGUGCACAAUAUUUCACUAAAUAAAUAUUAUUAAAUUGGUCACUUUUCGUUUUACCGAUUAAUUUUUAAUAUUGAUCUUAUUAUUGACAAAGUGAGCAAUUAAUAAUCUUUAUUGGGAACAAAAUUGUACCCAUGCAAAACCAUUUAAAAAUCAUAUUUAUUACACAA